AGACUGCAGGGAUAGGCUGCCGGCCUGGGGAGCCGCCGAUCCUGACUAUGAGCAGGGGCUGGCCUUGACGGAGGAGGGCCGUCCAGCUUAGGUCUGGUUAUUGUGAACAUCCAUACAGAGGAGCUCGGAAGACCACGCCGCACUGACACACCAAGACACAACGCGGACUCCUCGUGGCUGAUCCCGGCCGGCAUCAGACCACAGACCUAUUGGACCGGCAGAAACAGGGACCGCAGACAGAGGGUGAGCCCUGAGUCCCGGACUGAGGGUGUAGAGAGAGGAAACUGAACCACAAUGUCAGGGCUAAAGAAGAGGAACUCCAACUCCUCUGCUGAGAGGGAGGAAGAGGACCGGCAGGCUACAGAGAGGAUGCUCGGCGGAGAGAAGGGGGACGCAGACCGGGGCGGAGGACCAGGAAGCGACGACAAGACCCAGAGCACCGGAGGAGAGGGGGGCGAGAAAGGGGUCGCCCUAAAGAGGACCAUUACCCUCUUUAAUGGCGUGGCGAUCAUCGUAGGCACCAUCAUAGGAUCCGGGAUCUUCGUCACCCCGACCGGCGUGGUGAAGGAGGCCGGCUCCGUGGGGCUGUCCCUGGUGGUGUGGACUGUGUGCGGGGUGUUCUCCACCGUGGGGGCUCUGUGCUACGCCGAGCUUGGGACCACCAUCUCUAAAUCCGGGGGGGACUAUGCCUACAUCCUGGAGGUGUACGGGUCUCUGCUAGCCUUCCUCAAACUCUGGAUUGAGCUCCUCAUCAUCAGACCGUCCUCGCAGUACAUCGUCGCCUACGUGUUCGCCACCUACCUCCUGAAGCCCCUGUUCCCGGUCUGCCCGGUGCCGGAGAGCGGGGCCAAGGUCGUGGCCUGCCUCUGCAUCCUCUUGUUGACCUUCAUUAACUGCUACAGCGUGAAGGCAGCCACCAGAGUACAGGACUUCUUCGCAGCAGCCAAGCUCCUGGCCCUGGGACUCAUCAUCAUCAUCGGCUUCAUCAAAAUUGGCCAAGGUAACACGGACGGGCUUCUUCCAGAAAACUCCUUCAAAGGUUCCAAAUAUGAGUUUGGCAGCCUUGGCUUGGCUCUGUACAGCGGCCUGUUUGCCUACGGCGGCUGGAACUACUUGAAUUUUGUCACAGAGGAGAUGAUUGAACCUUAUAAAAACCUUCCCCGGGCCAUCAUCAUCUCUCUGCCGAUCGUGACGAUCGUGUACGUCCUGACCAACCUGGCGUAUUUCACCACUCUCUCACCGGAGCAGAUGCUGGGAUCUGAGGCCGUGGCUGUGGACUUUGGUAACUACCACCUUGGCCCCAUGGCGUGGAUCAUCCCCGUGUUUGUAGGACUGUCCUGCUUCGGAUCAGUUAAUGGCUCUCUGUUCACGUCAUCUCGGUUAUUCUUCGUAGGUUCUCGGGAGGGUCACCUGCCCAGCCUGCUGUCUAUGAUCCAUCCCACCCUGCUGACACCUCUGCCCUCUCUAAUAUUCACUUGCUUGAUGACGCUGCUGUACGCGUUCUCCAACGACAUAUUCUCGGUCAUCAACUUCUUCAGCUUCUUCAACUGGCUCUGCAUUGCCAUGGCCAUUGUUGGGAUGAUGUGGCUUCGUUAUAAGAAGCCCGAGAUGGAACGACCAAUCAAAGUAAAUAUUCUGCUUCCUGUGAGCUUUGUGCUGGCUUGCCUCUUCCUCAUCAUCGUCUCCAUCUGGAAGACCCCGAAAGAGUGCGCCAUCGGUUUUGGCAUCAUCGCCACCGGAGUCCCUGUCUACUACUUUGGCGUGUGGUGGAAGGACAAACCCAAGUGGCUGCUGAACGGGAUCUUCUCAACCACAGCCAUGUGUCAGAAGGUGAUGGAGGUGGUUCCUCAGGAGUCCUAAAGGCCAACACUACAGCCGGCGGCUCAUUGAGGUCACGUUUGGUUGCACCCAGGGCAGCCUCUGGGUCCUGAUUACUCUCUCUCUCUCACUCUUUGUCUCUCUGUCGCUCCCUCUCUUCACACACAUACGCACACACCCUGUCUGCAGGGUGCUGAUAAGGACCUGAUGAAACAUGCAGAUGUUUGAUUCUACUGUGUCUCUUGGAUCGUAGACAUACUGGAGGUUAUGAACUUUGUCUUUGAUUAACUUUCCUUUGCAGGAUGUUACUGAUGUUUAGCUUUUACUGAUAGUUUAUGUCUGUUACAGAAUAAGUUCAUGUCUGUCAUAACUCUGUUGUGCCUUAUCUGACGAAUGAAGGUCAGCUGUGUGUACAGUAAGUGUAUGUGAUGUCUGAGGUGGCGUGUAGCUUUGAAACUGUCCUGCAAAAAGCUUUAAUCUGAGCUCUCCCAAGACUAAAUCCAUCACUACCUUUUUUAGUCCCGUAAGCACCCCCCACAGUUUCCUGAAACACAGUAUUCUCUGUUCAGGUUAAGGAAUCCUGAAUGUUUGGUCCUGCAGUCAUCACAGUUCAGCGGCACCUUAAGGCCUCAUGUUGGACGGUGUUACCAACGGCCUUACCAUCCAGUGUUAGUCUGUAGAUUUGAAGCCCUUCUUUCUCUUACUUUGUGCUUAAAUGAAGAUCUUGUUGUGUUCAGAGACUUUCUAUGUGUUCAGACUUUUAACAAUAUGAUUUUAAUGUUUCCUCAUUUGUCCUGCUUACUGAACACUUCUGAGGAAGGAAUAGAAGAACAAAUAGGAGCUUAAGUUGAUGUUCAGACCUUGUUUUCCCCUUUAGACCCAGCCUGUGUUAAAUGCUUCAUGUUACAGACUGUGUAGUGCACUGUGUGUGUAUUCUACUGAUUUCACCUCGCUGCAGGAUUUCUGGGUAUUUUAGUGAAAUCCUGUGAACGUUGGAUCGUUCUUUUAACCAUCAUGGCAGGGCUGUGUUUACUAGUAAAUUAUAUUUUGACUUUCUUAAAGGGACAUUUCUUCUUUUUUUUUUUAAGUGUGGUCGUAUGAGGCACUUAUGUUACCCCCAGGGUGAUCCUUGAACUGGAGCCAUCCAUAAACCUGUGCAGACUUCACCCCGUACUGUAGCUCAUUUUCAGAAACUACCGUCCAAACACUCAGUUUGUUGACGUGUUUGCUGCAUUUAAAUAAUGUUUGUUCUUCCACCUUCACCUGCACUGAUCAGCUGUUUGAGUCUAGCUCAACCUUUUCAGAUAUAUUGUGUGUUUUCAUAUUUCUGGCUGUCUCAUUUUGACACUACUUUAAGCAACAAAUGCUAAACUUCCAGCUGGCACGGUGACGGCAGUAGAGUUUGUGAAGCUCCGUCUUUCCCUCUGACAACUAACAGCCAAAUUCCACCAGAUCUGUCUCCGGUCCGUCUCCGAUCCCACACGGCACUGGAUCUGAUAGGUUUCUAUUCUAGUCAAUGUGUUAACUUCCUCUGGAUCCGCUCUGUUGCAUUCCGGCUGUGUCUCUGAUCCGGCAGGUCUGAGCCCACCGGAUCAGAUACACAAGACUUCUAUUUUUGCUGGAUGCCGGAGCACGACGCAUCAAUCUCAACAGAGCAGAUGGAGCAGGACAGGAAGUCAGGCACCAAAACAAAAUGAAAACAUCCGGUUAAUUUUCAGAAUAAAACACUCUGUGUUAUCACCAGAUAAGAGACAAGAGAGCACCGGGCUGGACCGUGUGUCAUUGUGCAAUAAGAGAGAGAUGAGAACUUACUUUGCAGAAAAAUUGGACCCCCUGUUUUCUGGUUUUCUUCUGAAAAUUCAAAAAAAUUUAAAAUCAAACAGCAGCAUUCAGUGAGUCCUGCAGACUGCAGCCAUAUGCGAGUCCUGAAGUACCCUUGUUACCGGCAGCAGCCCUCCUGGUUCACUGGCAUGAGUCUAAGUUUACAUGUCAGCACCUCCAGACAACGUGGGCUCUCUCCUGCUCUCCAGUUGGCACAGAAGUUCCCCCCUUUCUCUCUCUCUCUCUCUCUCUCUUGGUCCGUUGUGUCCACAGUAAAUGUCAUGGCACCAUCGCUGUCAGGAUCACUACUAUUUAUAAUAGUUUGUUUGGUUGUAUUUGUUGUCUCUUUAAAGCUCACAGACCUGAACAGCUGAUCAGGGUGCUGCAGGCGGAGGAACAUGUUCAGCCAAAGCGCUGAGAUGUUCAAAAGAGAGCGUACAUCAGUGUUUGGGUAGUAGUUUCAUCAAAUGAGCUACAUUUGCAGCAGUUGAUGUCGUAGCUUCUGUUCCAUAUCUCUGACCAGACCCCCCAGCUACAAGUCCGUCAUAUAACCCCACUUCAGAGGCGAACUAUCCCUUUGAAACGCAGGUCAAAAUGUGUUAUUGUUCUCCUGUUGAUCAUUCUUUAGGUCAGAGUUCUUAUUUUCACGAUGGGAUCAACAUCUCAGCGACCUGAGCCCGUUAGCUCAAAGUUCUAAAAGUCAAUCACACUGAGAGACGAGAGAGGACGGUAACAAAGCCAUGAAACUGAGCUAAGAGUCAAGUUAGGACACUACUUUACAACACACCUCUUAGUCCAGCUGGUGCCUGAGCUGUGUGUGUGCGUGCGUGCGUGAGUGAGUGAGUGUGUGUAGGUGUGGGUGUGUGUGUGUGUGGUUAACAUGCAUGUGAGUCCUGUGUUUGGAUUGAGGGUGUGAAAAGGACAAAAAAGGAUAAUUUAAGUAGACGGGCAGUCUCUGGAGGGAUGAUGAAGGAGAGUGUGUAGUCUUUUUUAAUUGGGGAGUAAGUGUUCAUAUUCAGUCAGAGUGUGAACUGAUAGUUUUGUUUUUUUUCUUUCACAAACUGAAAGUAACCGUUAAAUACAUUUUUAACAGACAGAACACCGACUCUUCUCCUGGCAGUGGACCAAAGUACAUGUGACCCGGGCUCCAUGUUUCCACAGGGGGAUGCUGGAGGGGUUCAUGUGUAUGUUUUAGAAGUAGAACCUUUGCUAACACUCCAGCUGUGUGUCAGCGCGGAUGGAGAACUAACCCUGAAUAGGACUGUAGAAAGUUUAUUUUUUUUAUUUCUAGGAAACUUUGUUGUUUAUUAGUCCCUCUAAUUUGUUUACAGGGCAUUUUGUGCUUUACGAAUAAAUCUAGAGGUUUUCCA